AUGCUAUACGAACAACGGGCCGAAAGCGAUACGUUGUUCUUGACGCCAACCGGCUUGGUGUUGAUCGACCUCGUAGUAAACUGGCAGCCUACUAUCAUCCUAUGCUUGACAAGCGUUGCUUUAGCUGCGACGCCUGCCAUCCUUUACCGCGGCGAUAGUCGCAGCCCUACGGUACUCCAGGGAAAUGGUGGCUUUAAAAGUUACAAGACCGAUGGUCGUUUGACACCAAACACAAUUGACAAACACAUCUACGACAUGGUUGAAGGUGGCGCCAAUUUGAUUUCCUUUACCAAGUCGGCGACCAUUGCUGAAAGUUAUGUUGAGGACGUCGGCUAUCUUUAUGCUAUCGACCCAGCUGGCAUUGAUUUUGCAGAUGCCCAAGACUACCUACGAGAUGACGCAAGGAAGGACAUGCUCAUGAAGGAUGAAGAAUGGCUGACCCAAAGGGUUGUCCCUUUCGAAAAGAUCAUUGGCUGGAAGAAGGUAGACGGUCUCAAUGCAGAGCCGGCAUGGACUAAAAACGACGCUUAUACGGGGGCCCAAUGCCUGACCAAGCGCGGCCUGACCGGCGGCGGUUGUGCUCUGCCUCUUCCUCAGAACCCUGCCACCACCCAACAAAGGCCGCUCGCCCAGCAGCGACCCCCUACCAAGCCGACGACCCCUGUCAAGAAAACAACCCCCGCCAAGCAGACGACCCCUACCAAGCAGAAAGCCCCCACCCAGCAGCGACCCUCCACCGCCGGCCGCACUCGCACCGGCACCGCCGGAGCAGCCCCUGCCGCCAACAACCGAGUCAUGGCUGGCCGCGUCAACAAGGCCUCUCGCCGGGUUGCUACGAGCCGCCCUGCUGCUGCCGUCAGAGGUUUUUAA